CUUUUUCCUUUUUUUUUUCUUUUUAACCUGCUCGCCGGCUUAGAGGGAUGACAUACCUGCCUGGGCAUUUCUUCGUUGCCUAACAUAGACCUAUCUUGGUCGUCGACCAACUAUCGCGAGCUAGCUACAGCACCUACCUCGCUGGAUUAUCCAACAGGCAUAGCCGAGUGUUAUUAGACACUUCUGCGGGGCUUUCGACUAGCCAAAGACGCCCCUCCCCUCUCCUCCCCCUCCCCCUCGAUCCUUCUGGGCUGUACUCGACACGCUCGUUAUCGCCAUUUGGACAGUAUGGCGUUCCGACCUUCUGGAGGUGCCCCCCCCGGCUUCCCGACGUCCUUCCAACCCCCUCAACCCUCCCCGUCCGCUAGCGCGCGAGGGAUGGCGCGCGAGGUCGACCCUUCGGGUCCCUUCAUCCCAUUCCAGGAGUCGCAGUUUGACAUCCUCGAGUGGUACCCCCAGUUUCAGUCCUGCGUGCGGUACUUCUUGGACCACGCCCAACACAGCGGGCCGGUGCAGGCUGUCGCCGCAUUCGUGAAUAUCCAGUUGCCGUUUCAGCAGCCGCAGCACCCCGUCGUCUCGUCGAAACCGAUCGGGUCGCCCUCGGGGAUCCCGCCUCCGCCCUCCAUCGCCGCCGGGAAGCUCCCGAUGCCUCGGGAGCCCCCCACGACGAUCUCUCUUACUCCAUACAUCAGACGGUUGGUGGCGACGGGGCUAGAUCUUCCCGGAGUGCUCCACGGGUUCUUCGGGGACGACUGGGUGGCAGGCAUAGGCCACCUCCACGAAGUCGAGCGGAGAAACUUUCUCUUCGCUGCCAAGAGUGCCGGCUGGCUCAAAGUCAAGUCGCAGUACGACAUGCCGGACGGGCAGAAUAUCCCGUUCCUGCGGCCGCUCCAGAACGUCACAGAGAAGGAGAUUGUCAGCGCGGAGGCGAACUGGAGUGAGUGGCUGGCAAUGCAGGACUGGAUGGUCGGACCACGCUCACCUGACGUCGAUAGAGAUAUGGCUGUCGUUAUAAAGAGCGAGGAUGUCUGAGCAGCGGCGGAGACGAUGGGGGAUUCCCGUCGCGUCCCCGCAGAGGCGAGCACGAACAUAUAACUCAUUAAAUAAAUAAAAAAACCAAGAUGACGUUCUUGUCCGGGAACUACUAGAUUGGAGUUGCGGGCCGGCCAAAAAAAAACCAAAAAAAGAAGCG